GUGAUGGGAGUGCUUUCCUUCUUAAUUAUAUGUAUCAUUCUCUCUUGCUUGGCUUCAUCAGCCCUCCUCUCUUCUCUCUAUAAAUCUGCCGACCCUGCCCAGUUGUUAUUCCCCCCCUUUCUCUUCUUCUCAGCCUUGGAGAUUGAAAACAACUCCAAAAGAAAUAGUUAAGUAAUAGGUACCCAGAACAGUUAGUGGUGUUGCAUGUGCUCUGGAAUCAGUGUGGUUGCUUUAUAUGAUAAAAACUGCACAACCCACCACCCAUUACAAUCCGACUUCUACGUAUAAAAGCUGCCUCCUCUCUUUUCUCAGGCCUCUCCCUCAUUUUUCACUGAAUCCUUCUCAGUUUGAGAGAAUAAUCAAUGGGUGAAGAAGCUAAGGAACAAGCUCCAGCUGAAGUUAAACCAGAGGCAGAGGAGAAGAAGGAGGAAAAAGCAGAGGAGAAGAAAGAAGAAAAACCAGAGGAGCAGAAGGAGGAACCUAAGCCACCAUUACCAUUUGUCUUGUUUGUAGAUUUGCAUUGUGUGGGAUGUGCCAAGAAGAUAGAGAGGUCCCUCAUGAAAAUAAGAGGAGUCAAGGAGGUUAUGAUUGAUAUGGCUCAAAACCAGGUGACUAUAAAGGGAAUAGUUGAACCACAAGCUGUGUGCAAUAGGAUAAUGAAGAAAACCAAGAGAAGAGCUAAAGUCUUAUCCCCUCUGCCUGAAGCUGAGGGAGAGCCCAUGCCAGAAGUUGUUAGUUCACAGGUUAGUGGAUUAACAACUGUGGAACUCAAUGUGAACAUGCACUGUGAGGCCUGUGCUGCCCAACUCAAGAGAAAGAUUCUCAAAAUGAGAGGAGUACAGACUGCGGAGACGGAGCUGAGUACCAGUAAAGUCACAGUUACUGGCACCAUGGAUGCAGACAGGCUUGUUGAUUAUGUAUACAGACGCACCAAAAAGCAAGCACGUAUUGUUCCACAGCCUGAACCCGAGAAGCAGGAGGAAAACAAAGAGGGUGAGAAGCCAGCUGAAGAAGCAAAGCCUGAAGAAAAGAAAGAGGAAAAUGCAGAGAAAGCAGAGGAGGGCAAACCACCAGAAGAAGCAAAGAAAGGUGAGGAAGGCAAUGGUGGUGAAAAUAAUGAGAGCAAAGAAGAGAAGGGUGGUGAAAACAAGGAAGAGGGUAAAGUUGGAGAGAUCCCCAUGGAUGAUGAAACAAUGAAGAGGAUGAUGUACUACUAUCAACCGCUCUAUGUCAUUGAGCGAAUGCCACCUCCCCAACUCUUCAGUGAUGAGAACCCCAAUGCCUGUUGCAUCUCAUAAUCAAAAUUUUCUUAGUAAAUUAAGCUAUUAUCCUACGAUGUAAUUUCAAUACACUGCCUGGGGAUGAGAACUUAGGACUUUGGUGGAGAGUGUCAAUGAAUGGUAUCAGAUCCAUUUAUCAUUCUGUAUCUUAUGUAUUAUAUACUAAAUAAUCUAUACAUGAUCCAUUUAUCAUGC